AUGGAGCAGGGAUCCUCUGAACGUUGUCGUUUCACGCAUUGCUUUGGAGACGCGCCAAGGCUGGUGGAGGGUCUGGAGCGCGAGUCCUACGAGGAGCAGCUGAGGGAACUGGGGGCAGUUCGCCUAAAAAGCUUCAACUCCUUCCAGGCAGAAGACGCAAAGAAGAGCUCCUUCUCAAGCAUUAAGAUGAUUCCAGUGGGAUUCCAGCUCUGCAGACUCUCAGUGGAGCUAUGCUCCGCGGCGGCGCGGAGCCCUCACUGGGGAUUACCUGCUUGUUUUCUGCUCACUGUUUCUGGGCUCUCUUUGGUGAAGAUAUUUGCCCCCAAUAUUGAGCAAAGGGAUGUAGUCAAUCACCUAAAAGGAAGUCCAGCAGAAGAGAAGAGAAAUGUGUUAGUUGAAAGUGCCAGGUUGGCAAGAGGAAACAUUCAGGAUUUGGCUGAACUGAAAGCUAGUGAAUUUGAUGCUGUCAUUUUCCCUGGUGGUUUUGGUGUAGCAAAGAAUCUGUGUUCCUGGGCUGUAGAUGGCAAGAACUGUACUGUCAAUGAGCACGUGAGCUCCACACUCCAGGCCUUCCACAGUGCUAAAAAGCCCAUUGGUUUGUGCUGCAUAUCACCAGUUCUGGCAGCCAAAGUCUUUCCUGGCUGUGAGGUUACGGUUGGUCAGGAUAAAAACAUAGAUGGAAGAUUUCCUGAUGCUGAAACGGCAUCUGCUAUAGCAGAGCUUGGAUGUAAGCACAUUUGCAAAAAUGUAAAUGAAUCCCAUGUGGAUAAAGCCAAUAAAAUAGUUACUACCUGUGCUUUCAUGUGCAAAGCUCCUCUGCAUGAAAUCUUUGACGGAAUUGGAACAAUGGUACAAGAAGUCCUGAAGCUUGCCUGACUAGGAGUGUACAGACUUCUCCAAGGAAAUCAGUGUAGCUAAGCAUAAGCAUUUAGCUUCCUUAGACUGAGUUAAUAAAAUAAUGCAACUGCUAAACUUCA